GCGGCGGGCGCUCAGCUGCACCUUCUCUUCCGCAGCGAUGGAAGAGGAGUCGGAGGGUUCGGAGGUUUCGGAGGAGUCGGAGGUUUCGGAGGCGGAGUUCCGCGAACCGUUCCGCUGUCCCGUCGACUGCCUGGGCUGGGAUUUCAGCACGCAGCAGGUGAAAGUUGUUGCUGUUAAUGGAGAAAUGGAGGUCUACUAUGAUAGCAAUGUGCAUUUUGACAGCCACCUUCCAGAAUUCAGGACCGUCGGUGGUGUGCAUGUCCAGAAGGAUGAGCUGACGGUCACUUCUCCCGUCCUGAUGUGGAUCCAGGCUCUGGAUAGGCUGUUGGAGAACAUGAAGGAAGACUGUUUUAACUUCGCUUCACUCCUCGCCGUGUCCGGGGCAGGCCAGCAACAUGGAAGCGUGUACUGGAAGGCGGGGGCCAGCCAGGCCCUGGCCAACCUGUCGCCGGACCUGCCAUUACACGAGCAGCUAAAGGCCUGUUUCUCCCUCUGCGACUCCCCGGUGUGGAUGGACUCCAGCACCACGCCCCAGUGCCGCCAGCUCGAGGCCACUGUCGGCGGGGCGCAGGCACUCAGCUGCCUCACGGGGUCCCGCGCCUAUGAGCGCUUUACUGGAAACCAGAUAGCAAAGGUCUAUCAGCAGAACCCUGUGGCCUACUCACAGACGGAGAGGAUUUCUUUGGUCAGUAGCUUCGCGGCUUCCUUGUUCCUCGGGGCCUACGCCCCUAUUGACUACAGCGAUGGCUCCGGGAUGAAUUUGUUGCAGAUACAUGACAAAGUCUGGUCCCAGGCUUGUCUUAAUGCCUGUGCCCCACAUUUAGAGGAGAGGCUUGGACAGCCGGUGCCCUCGUGUUCAGUUGUGGGAACCAUCUCUCCAUACUUCGUCCAGCGCUAUGGAUUCCACCCAGAUUGCAAAGUGGUGGCCUUCACCGGGGACAACCCAGCAUCUCUGGCAGGCAUGCAGCUGAAGGAAGGAGACAUUGCGGUCAGCCUUGGCACUAGCGACACCCUGUUUGUCUGGCUCCGGGAGCCCACACCCUCCCUGGAAGGCCACGUCUUCUGUAAUCCGGUGGACCCCCAGCACUACAUGGCACUCCUGUGUUUCAAAAACGGUUCCCUGAUGAGGGAGAAGAUCCGAGAUGAGUUAGCGUCCUGCUCUUGGAACGAGUUCUCUAAAGCACUGCAGGCCACGGAGAUGGGCAAUGGCGGAAACCUGGGUUUUUACUUUGAUGUGAUGGAGAUCACCCCGGAAAUCACCGGGCGGUACAGGUUUAAUGCAGAUGGUUAUGAGGUCUCGGCCUUCCCCCGGGACGUGGAGAUUCGUGCCCUGGUGGAAGGACAGUUCAUGGCCAAGAGGAUCCAUGCUGAGCGCCUGGGCUACCGAGUCACACCUAGGACAAAGAUUUUGGCCACCGGAGGCGCAUCUCGUAACAGUGCCAUCCUGCAGGUGCUUGCAGACGUCUUUGGUGCCACGGUGUAUGUCACAGACACCACCAACUCGGCCUGUGUGGGCGCUGCGUACCGAGCCUUUCACGGCACCUUCGGAGCAGAUGUGCCCUUCUCAGAGGUGGUGAGGUUUGCCCCACGUCCCAAAUUGGCUGCCACCCCAAACCCGGGUGCUGCUCAGGUCUACGAGGUCCUCCUCCCACAGUACGCCAAGCUCGAGCAGAGAAUCUUGUCCCAAACCCGGGGGCCCACAAAGUGAAUCUUGCCCGCCCAGGUGCCCUGUAGACCCUGCCAGUCACACUUGGGGACACGGCCCUUGCAGGACAGCAGAGAUCUUCGGUUCCCUGGGCUGACUCCUCAAGUGCCGCAGCCUGCCCCAACCUCCAGGAGCCCAGCCAAGGCACAUCUUCCUGAAGAAGGAGAAGCUGCUUGUGCCCUUGUGCGCCCGGGCAGGAAAGCAGCUUUCUUUCCUGUAUCUAUCCCAGAAGAUGGCAAUCAUGAAUAAAUCCAGUGCAGUGAAUGUA